UUGAUUUGUUGCAGUGUACGCAUUUAGUACAAACCGCCCUUUUGUCUUUUGUCACAUGAAUUUUCUGCCAUCCCAGGAUGAUGCAGAAUCAAAACAAUCCAAAUCCCCCCAGGAAGAUGAGCAAUCCUCGCGGCGGGCAGCAGAGAACUCGGCCGUAUCAACAGCACCAUUCGAGGAAGAAUUCCGGAGCGCCAUCAGCAGUAUCGGGAGGAGGACGAAUCGCGGCGUCAUCAAGCCACCAUCGCAGUACAGUUCCAAACGUAAUCGAUCAGGAAAAGGCACUGCGUAAUCAGAUUCACAUGGAGAUCGAAAAGAAGUCGAAAGCCUGUUCCAAUCAGUCCUACGAGUGUACGCUUCCGCGUCUGGAGCAGUACAAUUACUGCAAGCGUCAUAUUCUCCAGGAUACCCGCGCCCCUUACAAGCAGUGCGCAUUCUUUUUUGCGUCGAAUGGAAAACGUUGCUUGGAACCGGCUCCAAAGUAUGACAACAAGAAGGACUACGGGACGAAUUACUGUUUCGAACACAGCCGGCUGACGCAGCUGACCAAAACCAAAUCUACCAUCGGGAAGUACACACCGCUGGAAACGACCGAAACACUCCUACACAAUCUCUCCCACCAUGUCAAGGUGGACAAGGCGAAGCAGCAAAGUCAACAACAGCACCAGCAUCAGCUUGCCAAUUGCUCGUCGGCGCUGAAGAUCACGGUCCACGAUGACGAGGAAGAGGGCGACCUGGACGUUGUUACCCCUUCGGUGGAUCCGUUUGUCGACAUCGAUGUGCCGACGAUCAACGAUUCGGCUCGCGUUGUCCUGGACUAUGCUUCGGAUAGCAGUACUGAUGAAGACGCCACUCUGGUGGGAAACACCUGGCGAGGGUACGAUAUGGACAAUUCGGACAAUGAGAGCGUCGAUUCACAGAACGAAGAUCUGCUGAAACAUGCCGGAAUCUACACGGCCGAGGAAGCCACAAUGAUAACGAAAGAGAAGUUGAUCCGGCUUCAGACGCUGUACAUUGAUCAGUUUCAUCGUCUGCAGCACGUUUUGAAGGAGAAACGACGGCGAUAUCUUCACGAGGUGCGUCGCGAACGGGAACAGUAUUGCAGUAUCCACGAUCAGGUGAAGGAUUCCCCAAAGGAGCGUAAGCUGUACGAGAAGUUGAAAGCUUUGGAUCAUUAUCAUCGGAAAUAUGGGAUGGAUGCUAUCCUGCACCGGAAAUAUCUGGAAAAGCGCGCCAAAGCUACCGAAGGGCUGCACCAGAAAGUUCCGCAACAUCCGAAGUGUGCAUUUACCGAGGGAGGCGUCAAGUGUGGCGAGCGAACUCUUCCAUGCUGCAAAUUCUGCCGGAAACAUAUCCUCGAGGAUAAGAAACAAGUGUUAUUCAAAUCCUGUGGAGUCGAGAAGAGUGGCGUCGUGUGUCAAGAGCCUUUGGCAAACAUCUUUGAGGAUGCCACUUGCUACCUACAUGUAGAACUUCCUGCCCAGAAAACAUUUACCAAAAAGAAAUAUGAAUCCGAGUCGGAAGGGGAAGAAGACCUGCAGUCGCAGGAGAUCAAAAGAGAGCCGCUGUCGGAACCAAAGCUCGAAAAACAUUCCCCUUCGCAGUCGUCCAGCACCACCGCGACAGCAGCCGAAACCGAGGAUCAGGAAGUGUCCUCCGAGCCCCCGCUGGUCGAGCACAACAUUACCAUCGCUCACGACGUGGAACCGCCAAGCCUCGAGGACUCCCUUCCCGUGAGUGUAAUUGCCAAGCCGAUCCCAAUAGAAAAACCCAACCAAACGGAGGAACCCGAAAAGGAACAGCCGGAAGCGACGCCCCCCGAAAAAGACCCAGUGCCGGAGGUUGCUCCGGUGGUCGACGCCCAGGAACCGAAAGCCGAUCCAGUCGAGAAGAUGGCCGAGUGAGGGAAGAAACGAAAUGAAAAUGCCACUUCCGGUUUUGGUCUCAAUUUAAUUGAUUUUUAUUGUAUUUCUUUCCUUUUUCAUUGUAAUAGUUUCAUUAAAUAUAGUCGCGCGAUAGUUCGAAACGAUACAUUAGAACGUAAUCACUUUAGAACGGUUCAAAAAAUUAACCGGAAUUAUAAAUAAUAAUAAAAAAAAAACUCACCUCAAUGUUUUUUGUGUCUCUGCGAUAGUUGCUAGAGUGUAAAUUUGGAAUAAAAUGUUUUGCUAUAAGUCGA